CAUAAAUUCAGCUCCGCUCUGCCUGGAGGAUGAACACUGAACACUGAAGCUUGUUUUUUUUUUUUUUCUUCUUCUUCUUCUUCUUUUGUUUGUAUGUAAAGCAUUUUGUCAGGCAGUUGUGUCAAGGUUAUAGAAUAAGCACUGCCUCUGGUGCUUAUCUGCAUCUUCUUCAAAUCAAGCACUCUACGCGAACACCUGGACGACACUAUGGAGAAGCACCGCGGUGGGACUCAAUGAAGGAAAAGCAAGUACGGAGAAGAGGACUGUUUACCUGUGGGUAUUUGGUCCUUAUAGAAGACAUCUGUCUGCUUCUCAGCAUACACUCUGCUCCGUGUCAGCAAAUCACCCGGGCUCUCUCUGGGCUUGCCUAUCUCGCAAAUCAAAAGCGCUGCCUUCUUUAGAGCUCGGAGGGGGCAGUUUUUCAUUCAGUCUGCUCAAAAGAAAAGAAACAACCACUGCUCUCUUGUUCACCUCUGCUUUCUUUCACUCCUCCAUUUCUUUUCUUAAGCAGCUUUCCUUCUGAAAUCUUUCUCCUCACUCUUCCUUCCCCACAUUUUCCCCUCUUCCACUUUCAACUACCCAUCUUUCGCUCCUCUGCCCUAAGCCGAACACUGCGCGCACACACUACUGCACACUCUCUCCUCUAACUGCCAUCUCUUCCCCCUCACCCGUUACCACCGCCGUCGAAAAAAUGCACUCCUCCGAGGAGCCGUGGAACUCCAGCGAGCACGUCUGGGUCAACGGAUCCGAAGCCAACUUCUCUCUGGGACGGAGACGCGUGGACGAGGAGAAGGAGGAGGAAGAAGGAGGUCAGCAUCCCUUCCUCACAGACGCCUGGCUGGUCCCGCUCUUCUUCUCGCUCAUCAUGCUGGUCGGACUCGUGGGCAACUCUCUGGUCAUUUACGUCAUCUCCAAACACAGGCAGAUGAGGACGGCGACCAACUUCUACAUAGCAAACCUGGCAGCCACCGACAUCAUCUUCUUGGUGUGCUGCGUCCCAUUCACCGCCACCCUCUAUCCUCUCCCUGGAUGGAUCUUUGGCAACUUCAUGUGCAAAUUUGUUGCCUUCCUGCAGCAGGUGACAGUGCAAGCGACCUGCAUAACCCUGACUGCUAUGAGUGGGGACCGCUGUUACGUGACGGUCUACCCUCUGAAAUCUCUUCGCCACCGUACCCCGAAAGUAGCCAUGAUCGUCAGCGUCUGCAUCUGGAUUGGCUCCUUCAUCCUGUCCACGCCGAUUUUAAUGUACCAGCGCAUAGAGGAGGGCUACUGGUAUGGGCCAAGGCAAUACUGCAUGGAGAGGUUUCCCUCUAAGACGCAUGAGAGGGCGUUCAUCCUCUACCAGUUCAUUGCUGCCUACCUGCUGCCCGUGCUCACUAUUACUUUCUGCUACACUCUGAUGGUGAAGAGGGUCGGCCAGCCCACCGUGGAACCCGUAGACAACAAUUACCAGGUCAACCUCUUGUCCGAGAGAACAAUCAGCAUAAGGAGCAAAGUCUCCAAGAUGGUGGUCGUGAUCGUCCUCCUCUUCGCCGUCUGCUGGGGUCCCAUCCAGAUCUUCGUCCUUUUCCAGUCUUUCUAUCCCAACUACCAGCCCAACUACGCCACGUACAAGAUCAAGACGUGGGCCAACUGCAUGUCCUACGCCAACUCCUCCGUCAACCCCAUCGUUUAUGGCUUCAUGGGAGCCAGCUUUCAAAAGUCCUUCAGGAAAACCUUCCCCUUCCUGUUCAAGCACAAAGUCAGAGACAGCAGCAUGGCUUCAAGGACUGCCAACGCUGAGAUCAAGUUUGUUGCCGCGGAGGAAGGCAACAAUAAUAACGCCGUGAACUGAUUCUCACCAUUGACGUUAAGGAGGAAUGAGGCUGUUCGUAUAAUUCGUACAAUAAUGAUGAAUGCCUGUCUAAGCUUAUUGAGUAGAUGUCUGAAUAGAGCAAAUGGCUGGUUUCAAAGGGACAGAAUAUGUUUGGCUGGACUUUUUUAUUUAUGUUAAUGAAUUCAACUGAUUAACAAACUGAUGUGGGGGGGAACAGACACAUAAUACAGAUGAGUACAAACAGUGUUUGGCACAAUAUGUUACCUGUUCCACUGCCAAAGCCAGCCACUGUUGGGGCAUAACGUCAUCACUGAGCUGUCAAACACCACGGACCAAUGACAGAAGACAGAAGUCAUGCAUCUGAUGACGGAGGAGGAAAAUCUGGCCUGAAAGCUGCAGGCUGCAGGAGUCCUGAAAUGUUUUGCAUUUGGACUGAUGACGAUAAUAUGGAUAACACAUGAGGAUACCAGCAGUUUUCAGAAACGCCCGAACAAUGAACGUACAGUGUGAAUGAAUUCAAAGCUCAAAAUGUGCUUUUUUUUUAUGUGGUCGACAUUUGUUUCUUCGCUGUGGGAAAAGACCAUAAUUCAACUAGGGACAUUUUCUGUGUUUGUCAUUCAGAUUCAUUUUAAAGGAAUAGUUUGACAUUUUGGAAAGUUACUUUCUUUCUAUGGAGCAAAGCUUGGUUUAUAUUUGCACAACAAAUCUGCACCUAUGUUGCAGCCCGGAGGAGGACCUUUGCAAUUGUGAUAAUACACACAGUCACUGUAAUUACACCACCUGAACGCUAGGCGGUGGUGUGAUUCCUGUACCAGCAGAGCCAUAUAUUAGACAGAGUCUGGCCAACUAGGGAAUGGACCGUCUGAGCUAUUGAUGAUUGGUUCUGAGCGGGUCAUGUCUUUCCUGAGCACCAUGUUGGAUACAUCUAACCAAUAUUAACCCAUAGAGAAGUUGCAAUAACGGAGAACGAAAGUGGAUUAAAGGUUAAUGUUAAUGUGUACCUUGAUCUUAAAAACACCCAACACCUCUUUACAAAUGAAGUUUGAAGCUAACCAAGCCUCAUGCUAACCUUAUGCUAGCCCUAUGCUAGCUAGUUAUCUGGGCUUAGAAAAAUAGCAGCUACCAUCAUAUAUACUGUGAAACCCACAUGUGCAUGUAAUUUAUGUCCAUGUAGACAGACAUUGCCUCGGUUAGCCUGCUAAUGUCAUAAUGAUAAUACUAAAUAACAGUAAGACUAGUUUAAUUUUCUCUAUUUCUGAGUAUUCAUAAUUUUUCUGAGUAAUUUCAAGCUUUUAACGUUGAUGGAUGAACACGGAGUCUGAAGGGAAGGUAAACACAGCUCCAUGACUGAUGAGGCGAUUGGGCUACAAAUCAUUUUACAGGCUCAUUUAAGAUAUUUAAAGUAAGUAGACGCUUGGAUAUUUCAGUGACGACCUUUUACAUAUUGACAGACGCUGGCAGUAUCAUUUAUAAGCCUGUUAAUGGUGAAAAUAAGACAUUUAUUCCAACAUAGUACAUCCACCCGUGGGGUUUCACUGUAGAAUCUUCCCUCUGAUGUAUCUAACAUGAUUUGGCCUGACUCUCUCUAAUAUCUGUGUACCAGCAUGUUGAGUUUCAUUGUGUAAUUUAAGCAGUGCUGUACAGCCACUGAACCAACUUGAAAGGGUGUAUUUUGGGGAGAAACAUAGACAGCGGUUGUAGUCUACCUCACUGCGAUGCAUGCCAACAUUUCCUGGGUCACGCACAUCUGGCUAUGGUGGAGAGCACAGUUACGCAAACAAAACGGUCUCAAGUCUGAACGCUGAAGAUAGGACAUCGAAUAGGAGAUAUGGGCAGGUUUGCUCCCUGUAAAGUUAAAAAUGACAAUUCUUAUGCUCAAUAGUUAUCCCAUAUCUUGUUGUUAAAUGAUGCCUCAUGAGAUUCACUGGACCGUCGUCAUUACACCAGAUUUAUAAAGGCUAUUUACAGUUUCUUCGCAGUCUUUAAUCACAAAACCAUCCGGAGAAAAUUCAAGAUAGAAGCAAAUUUAUUGUAUGUAUUGUGAGGAUGUGUCAAGGUAAUAUUUACCUCCAGUAAUAUAUUGGAUUACUGAAUAGUGUGAAACAGGAUGUUUUUGUUUUUUGCCAAAAAAAAAAAAAUGUUAAGCAUCUGUCAACCCAUGAGCUCAUGGUGACACAUUGCACAGUGAGUUGAAAGUUGAACAAAAAGGCAGCACCCAGCUGAAUGCAAGAUUGAUGCCAAAUGUGAUGAGUGUCAACUGGCCAAAGCCGAGGUUAAGACCAGUGAAGCAUCAAUAGUGUUUACCUUUCUCUUGUGUCCCAUGUACAAACAUUCACAGCUUUUCACAUGCACUCUCAACCAGUACGACCAGGUGUUGUUUACUCAAAUCAGUUGUCACAUCUUCUCCGAGAAACAGUCUUGUGCGAGCCUGUCGGGCGGACUACGUUUCCAAAUGGUGGCGGUGACCCGUGUGGCCUGUGCUCUGCGGCGAGAGAGCCUUUUUUAAUGUGGAACAUGUUCAGGGAGCAGCUGUCUGGCAACAGAAAUGCAAUCUAUCAUUGUUAAUAAGUCUACAAAGCAUCUGUCAGCUCUCUGCUGUCUGGAUGCAGCGCCUUUCAGCCCCCCCAUCCCACACAGCAACAUUCAAAAUCAGCACUCCCAAUUACAAUCUAUAGAGAGGCUGCUGAUCCAAUUUUCAUUUCAAGUGUAGAUGUUGUAGGACUUUCUGUUACCAGGGCUACAUUUAAACGACAACAAAGUGUCUUGAAAGGAAAACCUAAGUGCUUCUGGCUGCCAUAAUUAGUCAUAAAAAAAGAAAAGGGACAAAGAUUAGGACAAAUCAAUGGUUACAUUAAGCAUCUUAAUGUAAUGGACCAAGUCCAUUAGUAGAUACUUAUUAUGCGUAGACUUGAAUACAGUUGGACGUACGUUCUAUACAUUUAGCUGAAAAAAGCACUUGACUUUCCCAUUUAUUAAAAUAAUUUGAGCUGCUCCAUUUUCAGCAGGAAUCAUCUUAAUGCUGUAAAAAGACGACCAACAGACACUCAUGUGUCAUCAGCAAAAUUCAGAGUCAUGAAUAAAUGACGUGAAGUGCAUUGUAAAGCCAUUUAUUAUAACAGAGUUCUCCUUAAAAAAAAAAAAACAUCUUAAGAUAAUUAAACGCUAAUGGAUGCUUAUUGCUUUUUAAUAUAUGCUAAUUGUGGAUUUUUUUCAUCUUCUCUGAAGCAAUGUGCGUUACUGUGCAAACGUUUAAAGCACUAAUGGGGUUCACAUAAAAAAAAAAUAAAUAAAAAAAUGAAAAGUGAAAAUGGCAAACGGCUCGACUGCCGUGGUGAUAACAUUAUAAUUUCUCAGGGUUAUGUACCAUCGCAUCUGCUAGCGAGUUCAUGUCACAUGUUUUCAACAGAGAUUUUUGGAAGAAUCACUUUAAAUGUAAAUGAUCAUCUGAUUGGUGCCAACCGUGCUUUAUGCUUCAAACACUGUAGAAAAAUGUACGGUAGCCAUGUAGAGUCUGCACAAUUUCAUCUCAGCUGGGUUAAUGCUUGACCUUUGCACUGGAGUCAUCCUGGGCCAAUGUUUUUCUUCAUUGCUGCUCAUUAAACCAAACCAAACCAAACAAUGGUCUCGUCUCCUUAGUGGUUGGUUUCUUACUGAGUAAAUUAUUACCAAGUAAAUAAAAUAUGUUUUUCUGCUGUAGAGAUGGGAGGCCAAUCAUAUUAAUAGUGUGCUGGCUCACUGAUCUGCUGACUGUGGUCAUGGCACUAUUAAAGGAGAACUUUAAGGGUAAAAUAUUAUACUAAUAGUGUAAGAGAAGCGAUUUUGUUUAAGAAGAAGGCAACACUAAAAUACACGAAAGACAUAAAGCAAAAAAGCUGGAAAUUUCCCUGUCAGUUCAGCUGCAUUUGACCUUCGGGUGUCGCGUGCAGUUGGACUAUAAAGGAAAGGUUUAUCUACAAAGGUCAGGGAUCGACGCGAAAAUCACAGAAAGACAAAUGUGUGCGUGUGUGUAUUUUGUUUUUUUGUUAAGCGUGGCAUAAGAACAAAAAGAACAAGCUCCAGAAAUGCAACAAUAACGGUGAGUCACCUUUCCCGAAACAGCAGAUCUGCCCACGCUGUGCGCUCUUGUGAUGAUCUUGAGUAGGAAUAAUGGAUCUAAAACAGUAGCACCGACAAACACUAGAGCAGCACAGGCAGCUUUUAGAUCAUCCAGUGACAGUUGGGGUUAAAUAAAAGCCGGAGGAAACGGCGAGCAGUCAGAGCGUGGGCGGCCUGAUUCGCUGGAAAGGUCUGAACCAGUAACACAGAGGUCACAGGAUAAUCACAUCUUGAAUAGUCUCCUUUGUGACACAUCUAUUAUGUCCUUACCCUGUGUAAACGUCUAUGUUUAAUAAUGACUUAUGCACAUCUGAGGUCAUUUUUUUUUUUUUUUAGCUCAAGGUUCAACAUUGUUAAACCCUUUACACUGCAUACACCAA